CAUUUCUUUUGGUUUUUUGUUUGUUUUGUUUUGUUUGUUUUUUGAGACAGGGUUUCUCUUUGUAGUUUUGGUGCCUUUCCUGGAUCUCCUUCUGUAGACCAGGCUGGCCUUGAACUCACAGAGAUCCACCUGCCUCUGCCUCCCGAGUGCUGGGAUUAAAGGAGUGCGCCGCCGCCACCACCGCCCAGCCUUGAUGUGUCCCAUUUCUAGACUCACAUUAUCAGAUGAAUUUAAAGAGUUUGGCUGUCCUAGAGAGAUGUCUGAAAGGGACACUGAGGAGAGGAAAGAACACUGCUGCCCUAGGGUAUGAGGUCUGGUGGGGCACGGAUCCAAGGAGGACCAGGGUUUUCAUCUGGACCCACAACCUACCUCUCUGGGUGUAAUUGAAAGUUCCAUGAGCAAGGGCUGAGCACUGAGUCUGGGGCUCAUUGACUUUGUUCCAGAGGGUGGGUUCUCUGAAAAGCAGUGUCUCCUGGCCUUUAGUCUGUCCUGUUCCCGCCUCUCAUUGCCCUUCACCAGGCCUUUCCUAAGCUGGACAUCAGGAGAGGCCUCUAAGCAAAACCUGGAGCCUGAGCUUUGUCCCCCAAACAUAGGGCCCUCAGAGGUGCUUAGCUGUGCCUGGAGCAGAGGACUGGGAGCUGAGAGCAUGGAAUGUGGACCUCACAAACCCCUUUAGUUUCCCAAAGAAAGAACAAUUGAAAACGACUGCCUUUCAAAGUUAAAAAGUGGGAAGAAACUGUUAUUUGAAGUCAGUAUUCUUGGAUAAUAGAUGUCCAAGAGAAACACGUUAAUGCUACCUGCAUUCUUUUAUUCCUAGUAUCAGAGCAGAACCAAGAAAAGACAAAAAAGGGGUGACAUUCAAUGUCAAGGUUCUUCCUGUUCGACCCGAGCCCCGUAAGGUGGCCCCCUCCUGUUCCUCCAUGAGAUCCCAGGCUCAGGAUCUGAAGAUGUUUGUAAGACACAGUUCCUCUCAAGAAAGAGCUCUCAGAGAAAAUGCUUACAGAUUCACAAUUGAGCACUCCUCAGAGCCCCGGAUCUUGGAAUGUGGUAGUUUGAAUGAGAUGAGCCCACAGUCUCAGCAUUUGAACUCUUGGUCCCUACUUGGUGGUGGUCUUUGGGAGGCUUAGGGAGUGUGGCCUUGCUGGGGGGAAGUAUGUCACUGGGAACAGGCUAUGAGAGCUCACAGACUCACGACCUUUCAGUUUGCUUCCUCUGCUUCCUGCUAGGGGCUUCAGAUGUGAGUCACACUGUCGCUGCCGCCAGGAUUCCUGCCACAGUGGGCUCUUAACCCUCUGGAGCUGUAAGCCCAAAUGCACCCUUCUGUAAGCUGCUUUGGUCAUGGUGUUCUAUCAUGGCAACAGAAAAGUAACAAAUACAGAAAUUGGUGUGAUGGACCUGGGCACUGGGUCCUUCUCCUUUCUGGCCAAGAGAAGUUUAAGAAGGUCUGUUGGCUGCUUGGAGUCAUGACUUCUGUCUCCUGACAUCAUGUAAAGUGCUUUCUUUGUUCCUGGGUGCUCAAAUGUCCUGUGUUUCUCAUAAAAGGACUCCUGUAGAAUCCUUGUGUCUCAGUCUUCAUUUCUGUAUUAGUUACUUUUACUCUUGCCACGAUGAAAUGCCCUGACUAAAGCUACUUGAAGGAAGAGUUUAUUUUGGCUUAUAGUUCAAGGGCACACUCUAUCCUGGCGGGGAAACCAUGGUGGCAGGAGCUUGAGAUGACUUACUGCAUUUGUGUUGUUUUUAUCUAAGUUGUUCUAUUUACCAAUAAGGUCUCAGGAGUCAGAUUUUGAGGUGAAAACCUGCUAGAUCAGAGAAGAUGAGAAGCAACCAGCUGACCUUCCUUUUUGGCCAGAGAUCCUGCAAGAGAGCUUCUCUCCACACUAAAAAGGCCUUCGAAUCUCUAAGUCCCUCCCUUCUCAUUCCUGUGGGUCUCUCUAUCCACCUUCCCAGGUCCUUCGCACUCUCUAUGGCCAAUUUCUGUCAGUCUCUGGCUCCGCCCCCUGUCCAAGGUUAAUUUUAUCAACACGGUUUCGGAGUUUCACAGUGCGAUCAAAUAUCCUACAACACAUCUGCAGUCGGGACGUGGUGAUACAUGAGGGGAGUCGGCUCACUCUCUCCUCUGUGUGCGGUCCAGGACCCCAGCCCGUCAACCAGUGCUGCCAUCUAGUGCUGCCAUCUAGUGCUGGUCUUCCGGUGUCAUCGACUAAUCUAGAAAGUGCCUCACAGACAUUGGCAGAGAUUCGUUAUUCGAGAACUUUCCAGACAGAAACAGAAGGGAAGAAGUUGUCUGUUCUAGAAGGAACGCGAAGAGACAAAUGAAAAAGACAUUGACUUUCCAGACUCUGGAGAAGACUAAAAAGGAAGAUGACACAUUUUCAGAUCUCAAGGGGUUAGAAUAUCACCUCCCAGCCCCAUGGAAGUUGCUGGGUUCUACUGUCAUUGAUCAGGACACCCCAGUCCCCAAAACUGGCUUAAAUCUCAAAGGGAAACCAGGGCAGUUUGGAAUUUCUGAACAGCUCCUGUGUGUGAAGGUUCUAGAGGGAGACCUGGGGCAGAAGCACAGCCAGCUCUUCUGGGGUCUCCCCUCUCUGCACAGCGAGUCCAUCGUGGCCACUCUCCUGGUGCCCCUGAACAGCUACUCACUAGAGCCUGAAUUUGUGCUAUUCAACGGAGUCUGUAAAGCUGCCACAGCUCCCAUAUUGGACCAUGGAUCUCCAGCCCUUCCACAGCCCCGUACCUUGCCCCUCACCUUUGUACAUCCUCAGCCUUUUCCUAACAUAGAGCCCCAGCCGCCAACCCUCCCUUUCGCUCAGGUCCACCCUCAGGCCCACAUGCAGUCUCCACUCCCUCCAGUGCAGUUGUCACCUCUGCCCUGUGGAAGCACUCUCCAGAUACCACAGAGCAGGACUGUCCCUGGGGUCUUCGGUGGAAACGAACAGCUGCAAAGCCACUUGCUGCAGAAUCAUCAAGCUGGUUUGUGGGAUUUGGUCCCUGGGUAUCAGCCAUAUGAAACGGCCUUUGGUCUUCUCAUUCCCGGCUUUCCAUUGGUCAGCCAGCCUUCGCAGGACUAUGCCUCCAUCCCCAGCACUGGUCAUUUUCAUUUCAGCAGUGAACUUCAGGACAACCUGGGGCCCUAUGGGCCAAACAACCCAACUCCACUCUGGCACUACCAGCCCUGCAGUAGGACAGGAGUACUGGAAGCGAUGGGCCCUCAGUACAAACCAACAGGAACACCUCCCCACAGCUGCAAACGUGCUCACCCUCAGCACUCCGUACAUUGGGGCCAGAGCUCCAGCGACCUCAGGACUGAAGAACCGAGUCACUCGGAAAGUUUCUGUGAGAGCUUCUCAAUGAAGCCUCAGCUAAGAAAGGAUGUAGCCAAGAAUCUCGGCCAAAUCCUAGGGAAAUGCCCAUUAGACAACCCACAGAUGAUCUCGGGAUGUUAUGUACUGAACAGUCUGAGGGUUGUACCCGAGACAGAGGAGAAAUGGGUAUGUCACUCAAGAAUUGACUUGAAAAAGGAGCGACUCAGCAUCUCAAGGAAGAGCUUGGACCAAAGACAAGCAAGAAGCGCCCUUCGAUUACAUGUGAGCAGCAAGCUCUGGCAGAUCACUAUGGGUCGGAUCCCAACCAAGGUGUGCUGUUCAUGGCUUGCUGAAGAUGUGCCUCUCUGGAACUCACCACUGGGAAAUACUUACUGCAAUACUGCUAUUCCCAAAAUACCUUUCCUUGAUCACAAGACGCAAAAGAUGCUGGAAGCCCAUCUUAUAAGGUUCCGAGUGAGUCAGAAGUGGGGCCUCCCCCUCAAAGUUAUCGAAUCCAUAAAAUUCUAUAUGUUAAGAGAAGCUAAAACAUGGCCCUUCCCUCAGUCUGAUGUCCCCUCGUCUUCAAACAGUAUUUCUGGGAUGGAUUUGAAAAGUAACUUCUCCCACCCCCUCAGAGGAAGCUCUAGCCUUUUUCAUAGAGACAAGAUAGAAGCGGCAAACUCAGCCUCCAUCACGGUUCAUCGCCUUCCCCUCACUGUCUCACAUGCAGACAGGGGAGGAGAGGGGUCCCCGAGACAGUCACUGUCUAGCACUGGUUAUGAGGUUCCAGAGACAGUCCAGACAACUGAGAGUGCAGAUGGAUACAGCGGUGUGGACAGCAUGAGUCUGAAUGGUGCUGAACUACAGAGCAGACCUAGUCAGGAGCAGCCCAGCCAGGAACAAGUGGCUGCGUCUGAGCCAGAGAAUGAGGUGACAAGUUCUUCUUCUCAUCUAGAAACCACUGGAGGCAAACAGAGGUUGGAAAAGAACUUAAAGCACGUGCUGACACCCAGCAUACUCAGGGAGAUAUUCAGGGCCCCGGAGGUGAGGGUUCUUCUGUCAGGAUCUGAUGCUAGUGGCGAGUUGGGAAGCUCCACAGAGAAAAAUAAAGACAGCAAUAAAACAACCUCUGUUCUGAUUGCAGACCACAGCCCAUCAAGGAUAUCGAUUCCUGAAGACCUGACAGUGUGGGACUUUAAGAAGCAGCUGUUCACAGAGCUGAAGUUUAAGUUGGAGAAUCAGGCACAGAGCCAGACCGAAGGCUAUGAAAGUGAUGUGUCCUUUACCUCAGACAGUCUGACUGGCUACUUGCCAUCUUCAUCCAACAGUGUGUCCAGUGGGGAUGCCUCCGUUUUCAAGGACUUCCAUACCCACUUAUGUAACGCAGGCGUCAGUUUGGAUCCACGGCAGGAGCCCGGGUUCUUCAAACGUAUCUUAAGGAAUUUAACACCAGCUGAGAAAAUACUGGCCUUAUCAGUACCCAGAAAAGAAAGUGGUAGAAGUGAGACCCCAGGAUUAGGGACAUCCAAAACAGGAAAGAGCCAGCCUAUUAAAGGAAAAUCAGACAAGAAGCCACAUCCUCCUGAAAGUUACUUCAGGAAAAAGAUAGGACAAUUUUUUCAGUUGCUUUAUUCCAGCAAAGACAGCACAAGACACAGGUCUGAGAAAGACAGGGCUCUCUUUAGGAGCUGUGGGCCUCCCGAAGCCCAUGAGCUCAUGGCGUCCCUUGGGAAACUCCUGGAGGAUAAGCUGUUGUGUGGGCAGAAAUCUGAGUUCUUGGAGUGGAGCCGUAGGAAGAGCCUACAGGCUCAGCCCAAGCCCACCAAGGGGCAGCCUUCCAACCGUGGGGCUACCUAUGCCCAACAUGGAGAAGCAAAGAGUAAUUGCUACUGUCACCAGACAGCUGUCUCUCCUGGUUUAAGUCGUGUGCUAAGUCCUGGACAGAGACAUCCUCGUGUAUCUUUUGAGCAGCGGCCACAAUUCUGGGAUUACUCGCCUACCCCUGAGUCCAGGGAUCCCUAGUCCCAUUCAAACCUGAAGGUGUGUCCUAUGCCUUCCCGGCCCUCACAUCUGCUAAAGGGAGUGUUCUGAGACCCGACUCUUCUACAGAAACAGAACAUGUUUCUGUUUAUGUGAAGGAAAUGUUUCUGCAAUGGAAUCAGUCUUUGUUUAAAAAAAAUAAAAUAUUUUCAGAGCAAUA